CUUUCUUCCCCGCAACAUCUGUGACGACGCUCCGCCGCAAUGGGAUACAAACCAUUCCGCUCGACAUACUACGACGACCGCAUGCGGGCUUCGCCGGCCCUGCUGCGAGCCCGAGCGCCGUAUCUGGUCAAGAACACCAUCACGGGCUUCGCCAUCUGCUCACUGGUGAUUGGCAUAUACACAUACACCAUCAAUGCCAUCUCCCAGGACGAGUUCGAGGACGUCAUUGUACCAGACAAGCCGCUCGACCGGUCCGCUCAGCCCACCACCCAGGCCCUUCAGCAGGCCAUGGAUGCGCGCAAGUAAAGACAAAAGCUGCUUGUAUAUUAGUGUAUAAGACAUGUAUGCAUUGGGUUGGCGCUUCGGGAAUGAUUCGGGAAAUACCACUUUUUUCGCCAUUUGCAAUCGCCUUGACUCUAACACGUCGCGCUACCAACCAUGACCGUGUGUCGAAACCUCUGUUCCA